AUGAUUUACCUUGACCAUGGUGGCAAGCUUGAGGUUGAUAAAUCAUCUUCUAUCCAAGAGCAAAACUCCACUGUGUUCACCCCAGAAGUUUGCCAGAAUUUCCUCGAGAUUCUGGAUGAACGUAUUGGCUACCAUGCCCCAGUUCACAGUUUGUUCGACACCCUUACAACGGUGGAUGUUGCUGGCGACACUAAGCAGAGCUUGAAGCACACAUCCCAUGUCGAGAUCAUCUACGAAAUCCUCCAGGUCCGCAAGAUGGAGGAGCGCUUCGAACGAGGCGAAGUCGAUGCUAACAUGGUCGUCGACACCAUGAACCGCAGCCCUAGCCCUAAGGGCGAAGAAGAAGAUGACUCCGCCACCUCAGUCGCCAUCGAGGAGCCCGAGCACAUUUAA